AUGAGGUCAAUCGCAAGAAACCAGCUUCCCUUUCACCCACUCCGGCGCCGUCUCCUCUCCACGGCCGCCAACUCCUCCUCGGCAGACUCCCCCUCCUCCAAAGUAACCCCAAUCACCUCCCUCCUCAUCGCCAACCGCGGCGAGAUCGCCCUCAGAAUCCACCGCACGGCGCGGCGUCUCGGCAUCCGCACCACGACCCUCUACACCGACCCGGACGCCGGCGCCCAACAUGCCGCGUGCUCUCCCCACUCGCUUAACCUCGGGGCGGCGACCGCCUAUCUCGACGGAGACAGGAUAAUAUCCCUGGCCAAGAAGCAUGGCAUCCAGGCGCUGCACCCCGGAUACGGGUUCCUCUCCGAGAACUCGGCAUUUGCCGAGAAGUGUGAGAAGGAAGGGAUCGUCUUCGUGGGCCCCCCCGCGAAAGCGAUGGCGGAUAUGGGAGACAAGGCUAGGAGUAAGGAGAUCAUGACUGCUGCGGGCGUCCCCUGUGUGCCAGGUUACCAUGGCUCCGAGCAAGGAGAGGCGCAGUUGUUGGCGCAUGCGCGGAAUAUCAAGUUCCCUGUGCUGUUGAAGAGUGUCAAGGGUGGUGGUGGAAAGGGCAUGAGGAUCGUCAUGACGGAGGAGGAGUUCCCUCGGCAGCUUCAGAGCGCCAAGGCCGAGGCCAGGGCGUCGUUCGGUGAGGGUGGUGAGGUUAUGCUUGUUGAGAAGUAUAUCGUCAGGCCGAGGCACGUCGAGGUGCAGGUGUUCGCGGAUAAGCUUGGUAACUGUGUCGCGCUCGGUGAGCGAGACUGCAGUGUACAGAGGAGGCACCAAAAGGUCAUCGAGGAGUCCCCCGCUCCCGAUCUCGAUGACGCGACGAGGCUUGAUCUUUGGGAGAAGGCCAGACUCGCGGCGUCCGCUGUCGGGUACGUAGGAGCGGGUACCGUUGAGUUCAUCCUCGACAAGGAUACCGGCGAGUUCUACUUCAUGGAGAUGAACACUCGUCUUCAGGUCGAGCACCCCGUGAGCGAGAUGGUCACGGGAACCGACCUCGUCGAGUGGCAGUUCAGGGUCGCGGGCGGAGAGAAGCUGCCCCUCACCCAGGAGGAGAUCGUGGAGAGAAUCAAGGAGCGCGGCGCCGCCAUCGAGGCGCGAAUCUACGCCGAGAACCCCGACAAGGGUUUCAUGCCGGACUCUGGAAAGCUCAUCCACCUCUCGACUCCCAGCAUCAAUGACGACGUCCGAAUCGAUGCUGGCUUCGUCGAGGGAGACACCGUCUCCGAGGCGUAUGACGGCAUGAUUGCCAAGCUUAUCGUCCGGGGCAAGGACCGGGAGACUGCGAUCCGCAGGAUGGAGAUGGCGCUCAAGGAGUACGAGAUCGUCGGCCUGUCCACGAACGUGGAGUUCCUGAAGCGUCUGUGCUGCGAGGACGCGUUCAUCAAGGGUGACGUCGAGACUGGAUUCAUCGAAAAGUGGAAGGACAGCCUCUUCAAGCCCGCGAACCAUCCCGAUGAAGUCUUCAUCCAGGCCGCGCUUGCCAGCAUCGCGUCUGCCUCUACGAACAAGGUCCCCCACGGUGAUUCUCUCGGAUUCGAGGCCGAGCCCCCCACGAGCCAGAGCCAGGUCGCCUUCAAGCCCAUCAACCACAACGAGGACGCAAAGGAGGAGAUCGUCCGCGUCAGCGUCUCCCGUACUGGCAACCAACUCUUCAACGUUGAGGUCUUCCGCGACGGCCAGUCCCAGCCCACUCGCUACGAGAACAUCGUUUCCGAGGCCUCCACAUCUCCUUCCAAGAGCCACCUGACCACCUUCUUCCCUGCCGAGAGGAUAGAGUCCACCGUGGUCGUCGACCAGGAUGCCGCCAACCCGACGCAGGCUCGGCUUGCUGUCUUCCAGCAUGGAACAAAGACGGAGAUGCAGCUCCUUCCCCCUGCGUGGGUGGAGAAGGCGCUCGGCACGAAGGAGUCGGCCGGCUCGGUUGUUGCGCCUAUGCCUUGCAAGAUUCUGAAGAAUGAGGUUGAGGUUGGACAGGAGGUUAAGAAGGGCACACCGCUGGUUGUUAUCGAGUCGAUGAAGAUGGAGACAGUCAUUCGCUCCCCCCAGGAUGGCGUUAUCAAGAGGUUGGCGCAUAAGGAAGGAGACAUUUGCAAAGCUGGAACGGUUCUUGUUAUGUUUGAGGAGACGGAAGCUGAAGAGAGCAAGGAGUAA